AUGAAACAUGCAUUCGAAGCCACAGGACUACCCGUAGAUGGAGUCCUCAUAUUCCUCAAUGCGCGACGAAAUGGCCAGAAUCCCUGGGGAAGAUUCCUCGGCCCAGCCCGACUUGUCGCAGACACAACAUCCAUCGCAGCCAAAUUACUGCGAGACCAGAAAACGCAACCCGAGCAUAAGCCCCGUCUAGUUGUGAUGAGUGCGCUUGGGGUUCGGGAGAGUUAUGCAGUGACUCCAUAUAUUAUUCGGUUCAUGAUGAACUACAGCAAUUUGGAUAAGUCUUAUGAGGAUCAUAAUGCAGUUAGGGAUGAGAUUGAGGCGAAUUGUGGAGAUGAGGUUGAUUGGACGUUGCCCUUGCCGGUUGGUCUUAUUUACGGUGGUAUUAAACCUGUGAGGACUUUUGGGCCAACUGAAUUGGGAGCGAGUUUGUUGAUGACUCGUGAAAGUUGUGCUAGUUGGAUGGUUGAUGUGGCUUCAGGGAAGGAAGGGGAUAAAUUUCGCAAUCAAAUGGUGAUCGUGUCAAAUUAG